GGCAGUUUUGCAACCAAUUCAUUUUGAGCCCCUAACCUUUUUGCUGCUCUGCAGCAAACCACAACCACUUAUACGACAAACAAAGUUGUCAUGCCGUCUUUUAAACCUUUCGCCUCAGUAACGGGGCGAAACUCUUAUAGUCUUUUUGACAUUCGCUUGGACAGCGAUUUUAUCGUUUUCCGUGGAAGCGACCAUGAAUCUUCUGGACAAAUUCUCAAAGGCACAUUAGUUUUGUGUCUUCAGUCAUCACUCAAGAUUGAAGACGUCCGACUGAGACUCGUUGGAACCCUACGUCAUGUCUGGGCUGAUCCCCGAGGAACCGCUCCCGGCGUAUCGGGACAAAAAGUUGACAAGACGACGACGAUCCUCGAGCACCGAUGGGCGCCUUUCAUCGGCACACACGGCAAAAGCAUGACUCUCCCCGCCGGCAACUACGAAUGGCCUUUCGAGUACAUGCUGCCAGGCAACAUGGCUGAAAGUGUCGAGGGAAUCCCCGAGGCAUCCAUUACUUACAGACUGAGAGCGACUGUCGGACGUGGAAAGUUGGCAUACGAUCUACACGCAAACAAGCACCUUCGAAUAAUCCGAACACUAGAGCCUGGUGCUUUGGAAUUCCUACACGCCAUGAGCGUGGAGAACAUCUGGCCUAACAAGGUCGAUUACUCAAUUAUUAUUCCUCAAAAGGCUGUGGUCUUUGGAGGGUUGGUCACGAUGGAGAUGCGAUUUACACCCCUUCUCAAGGGUCUCGAAUUGGGAGACAUCACAGCAAGAUUGAUGGAGGUCCGUGAAUGCUACGUUCAAGCAUCCUCUUCCGGCCACGGCACAAGAGAGCACCGAACAGAACGCGAGGUGGCACUGUGGAAGUUUGCAGCGUCAAGGGAAGAGCAUUGGCAAGACAUGAUCGAGGACACUGGCCAAGAAGGUUGGGCGUUGACCAAGAAGCUUAACCUUCCCAAGAGACUACGCCAGUGCAUUCAAGACCUGAACCAUCACGGUAUCAAGGUUCGACACAAGAUCAAGUUGACCGUUGCUCUCUGCAACCCUGACGGCCAUAUCUCUGAGCUUCGAGCAACACUACCAGUAUCCAUCUUUAUCUCCCCUAACAUGCCCCUCGAUGAGGAAGGCAACCUUGUCGACCAGUCACCUACCACACCCAACAACGAGCGAGAACUUUCCACAAUAGCCCCUCCCGGAUAUGGCGAGCACGUCCUCGACCAGCUAUACGAAAAUGUUGAUGUCAGCGGUUUCCAGACGCCUGGAUUCCAAUCAGGUGUCAGCAGUCCUUUCUACGCACAGUCGCGAGCUGGCUCGAAUGAAAAUCUUGCAGCACUUGCACACAGUCGACCCGUUGCACCGGCAGCACUUUCAUCCCGACUGGCCAAUGUCUCACUAGACCCCUCUCAGCGAACAUCUUCCUACACAUCAUUGCAUUCAGCAGGUUCACCAGGGUUCAUGUCCCCCACAUCAGCACCCCAGUACCAAGCUCCGCGAUCGGAGCCCGUGACUGCGGCGCUCACCAGGACGAACAGCUCUGAAGAUUCAUCACGGAACUCGGCGGAGCAUGUUGAUCUCGACGCCACCGAUUUGGCCGAGUUGAGCAAGGUGCCCAGUUACCAGACAGCUGUUAAGACCCCAGCCCGCUCGCGUGCUGGUACUGGUGAUUUGCUUCUACCCGAUUAUCAAACAGCACUCAGCGCUCCCCGAACACCGCCCGCUACUGACCUUGCACCGGACCCUCUGGGCACAAUCUCGGAGGAUCAGGAUGGCGAGGAUCACACUCAACAUAUCUCACGCCCGGCCAGCUGGAUCGCUGGUGGCCGUGCUUAUACUGAUGAUCUUGCAUCAUAUCGAAGGUCACAGAACCGCAACCAGGUUUUCUAAAUGAGUGCCUGGCUUUUUUUCUUACUGUGGAAAUACUGAAUUAUGUGUCAAAUAUUUAUGGGUACGAACAAUAGGUCAAGGGACCUGGAUGGCGUUGGUGGAUUAAUUUUCAUUAUGGAAGGUAUCACGGGAACUAUAGACAUGGCGUACAUAUGAUGGCGAGCUAUUUGACUCGAAGAUUUACGGGCGGCACUUAUGAACAGAACAAAGCGCAAGGAAGACGAUGGAUGAAAAGGAAGACACUUGUAUAGUUAAUACCCCUGAAGUAUGAUUGGAUAUAUGAAGAACCAGACAUGUUCAACUACAAAGAUGAGCCAUAUGACUCGAUUACUUAUUUUCCCAGUCUAUAUCUUGCACGCAAGGCCUUGAGACCGUGGAAUGUCAUGUAAAUAAU